CUUAACUCUGAUAGAUUCGAUCUUACUUCUUCUCAAAAAGAAGAAUAUGUGGCAAUUAUGUUUAGCAGCUGCGCUUAGUCAAGGUGUGACCGGACCAUGGCUUAGUAUGAUUACCGUAACAUUCGAUUCAAUGGUUACACAAGUGGAAGCUGAUAAGCUUGCUUUCUGGACUAUCAUUUUUGGCAGCGUUAUUAGUUUGGUGGCUUCUCGAGUAGCCGAUAUUUUUCAAGGUCAUCUCAGGACCGGUCUUUAUAUAUUGCUAAUGAUAUCCGUUGUAAUGUUUCUCUGGAUUUUAUUGCUUGAAAAUCGAAUCUUAAUAUUUCGUAAGGAAGAACUUUACGCUGCUGUAAUAUUUGGAAUAUCGGCCAGCUGGUCCACUCCCGCAUUGUUCCUUGAACUUGCUUCUGAAAUGGCAUUUCCUGUUUCGGAAGCCAUCGUAGGCGGAUAUAUGAUCUUUAUGGCAAACUUGAUAGGAACUCUAUUUUACUUUUCUUAUUUUAUACCUGGAAUCGGUGAUCGAUGUUCUACAUAUUGCGCUUUUGGAAGUUUAUUAACCGCAACUAUUCUCGUAAUUUAUGUGAAAGAAGAAUACAAUCGUACGAAAUCAGAGUUUUAUAAAACCUAUAGAAAUGAGAAUGAUAACCAAGAAAGGAAGAUUAGAAAAAAAUAGUAAAGGAAAAAGAAUUACUACAUGUAUUUGAAGAGUAAUAAUAUUCUCAGUUCCAUGAAUCUUAUUCGUUUGAGAAAAAAGGAUUCGUGAAGAAAUAUUUUGAUUUAAAUAUUUAUAUAGAUGUUGCAACUAUAUAUUGUGAUAUAUAUUAGUUUCAUGAUAUAUUAUUAAAUUUUAUAUUAAAAUAC